AUGAAAAAUGCUGGUGCUAUGAUUAUGAAUACGAAGUCUAAUAAUUAGUCUUUUAGCUAUAAUCAAAUGGGAAAUAAUGACUUUAACACAGGGAAUUCAACUAAUGAUAGGAAUGGUAUAGCUCUAGAUCAAACAUCACAUGAUUUUUAAAAUCUCAUGAAGAUAUUAAACCCAGGUCCAAUAGUUCUGCAUCCAACUAGAAGAGUAUAGCCUGGAUAGAAUUAAUUUAUUUCUGCAUCAGCCAGAGUGUCUCCAUUAAGAGAUAAUAUCAAACUAAAUGAAAAUGCAGACCCCAAUUCUUUGCAAGAUAAAAUUUUGUCUUUUGAAUAAUAGAACCAAACUAGUCAACUCUAAAAAUUGAAGUAAGAAAGCAUGAGAUAUAAAUUUGAUGGACCAUCUCAUAAUAGAUUGAACAGUAUAUCAACUUUGAAUUCAAAGCCAAUUCUUAUAAAUGAAACUGAACUUAGAAGUAUAGAAUUAAGAGACCAGUAACUAUAAAGUUCACCUGAAAUAAAAAAGAUUCUUAAAAGCGAAACUAGCUCUAUGAGAGCGACAAGCAAUGGAUCUAAGGCAAGAAAUAAUCAUUCAUCAUUAACUGGUGUAGGAGGCAAACGAUAAAUGGGAUUAAAUGCUUCUCCAACAGGUAAAAUGUAACUAUUGGAGUAAAAGUUAGUCGGAAUUUAUGAUCCAAGUGAAGAAGCGUACGAUUUAAGUAAACUUAACAAGGUUAUAAUGGAUGAAGAUGACGAUGCUGGGGGUGCAAUUAUGAAAAAACUUUAUAGAAUUCAUUAUAGAUAUGUGAUGGAAAUUAAUGAUAAUCUCAAAAUAGAUAUUAGUGGAUAAAUGGUCGAAGCAAAUUUAAAAAAGAAUGCACCUAGAGGUUAAGCUAGACCCUUAGAUGAGGUUUAAAUACCUAAAACAGUAAAAAAAUAUACAGAUCCAAAUAAUAAUCUUCUAAGUUUGUUCUUGAAUAAGAAUAAUAUCGCUGACUUCGAAGAAAUAGCAUUAAGAGGUAGCGAUAAAUAGAUAAAUAAUAAUUGCUUUAAAGACAAUCCUGAUAGAAAGUUAGAUAAGAAAAGAGUAGUAGAGGUUUCCAUUGAAUAGUUACUAUUUAAAGAGGGAGAUACUCAACUUAGUUUCUAUUUUGUUUUAUUUGGAAAGAUUAUCCUUCACUCUAAAGAGCUAGGGGCUAUAGGUCUAAUUAAAAUGGGGGAAUUCGUAGGAGAGGACAUUUUAUUUGAUACAUAAAAACCAGUUAGUAUGUUAACAGUGUAGAAUCUAAGAUGUGAAAGUGCCUAUUCAGAGGGUGAUACUUAUCUUAUAGAAAUGACAAUAAGUGAAUGGAAAAAAUACAAAGAUGUCAUCGUUCUCAUGGGGCUAAAGAAAGAUUUCCUUAAUAUAGACAAUGUAUUAAAGAAGGGUUUUCAAUAGAAAAAGGUCUGGAGAUAGUACAAAUCAAGGUAUUUGAAGGCAUAUGCUUCAGCAUCCUAGCUUAACUUUUUGAAAAACGAGAAUAACAAAAUGUUGUAGAACCCAUUAGUUUAGGAUACCAGAUAAAACUACAGUACAGCAGACGGUAGAAUUCACAACGCUCAUGAAAAGGGGAAAAUUCACAAUUACCUGCCUAGAAUUAAAACUAUUAAAUAGAUAGACUCAAUCAAUUUAGACAUUGAAUCACCUUUAUUUAAAAAAGCAUGUAAAAACCUAGGAAUCAAUCCCAUUGAAUGCUUAUCUCAUCCUUAAGAGUCAUUCCAAUAAAAAGGAGUAAGUCAAGAUGUAAUAGACCUAAGAUGGAAGCAUUAUAGAUCCAGACUGUUUUAGACUAUUAAUGAGGUUUUAGAAGAGCGCACUAGAUUAGCUGAAAAAUAAAAUAAUCAGGAUCCGAAUCUAACGAUCGUCGAUAACAACGGGAGUCUCAAUAACACUAUUAACAACUACAAUUAGAACAAAUCUAUGAUGAGUGUCAAGGGUGCCUCUAAUAAGCUGCCGCUAUCUCUCACCAGAUCUCACUUCUCAAUUUAGGACUUGAGCUUGGUAACUGAUUUACGUUUGAAAGAUGAAAAAUAAAAACUAGAACGCCUUAAACACAAAAUUCAUGUAAUGCACCAAUUUAUAUCCUGUUAUACGAAUUAAAUCCUUAAAUAGAGAGAUACUGAGAGAGUGUUCAGUGAGGACUAUAGGAGAAACUCUAUUGAGAGUAAACUUAAAAAGCAAGAAGACUAUGUAGGCUAAAAUUUUGUGUCAACAAAAAAGUAAUUGAAAUAAAAGAAAUAGAUGCAUGAGAUGAAACUAUAAAAAGUGAAGCAUAACUAAGAUAUUAUUAGGAAAGAGUACAUGAGAACCUUGGAGAGAGAAGAAAAUAAACAAAAGAAGAUGUUUGAAUUAAAAACUCAAAAACUAGAUGAGAUUUAGAGAGCUUAGAAUAUGGAGAUUGAACGAAAAAGAAAGGAAUAUGAAGAAAAGAGAAAUGAAGUUCUUAAGUAAUUGGAAGAAAAACAUAGAUAGGAAAUGAUGUUUUGUAUGAGUACUAUGAGCAAAGUGGAAAGUACACUAUAAGAAAAACAAGAGAAGCACCAAUAGCAUUUAAUGGAAGUCUAGUAAGAGGUUUCAAUGAAGAAUCUAAAAUGGCUAGAGAAAAAGAUCAAAACCUAAGAAGAUAAGGAAAAAAAGGCUGAGGAGGAAAGAAAAGUUCAUGAAAAAACUCAAUAGGAAAUCGAUAAAAUGAUGGCUAAAAAGACCAAAGAAGCUUAAAAAUUCUUGAAAUAGGUGCAGUAGUAAAACCAAGCAAAGAAAAAUAACCAGUCAUAACUUAAAAAGGAAGAAGAUUAUCACUGGAGACAAAAAUGCUAAAUGAUGGAUAAAAAGUUUGAACUUGCAAAGUAAAAUGUAGGCUAAAAGAAGGAAAAUCAAGAUCAUGAAUUUGAACUCCGAAGAGAACUCAGAAGAAUCAGAGAGGAAGAAAUUAAGAAGAUCCAAGAGAGAAAGCGCAUGCAAUCUUUGAAUAGAAAGAUGGAAAUCUUGGAAAAGGAAGCAAAAGUUAAUGAUAACCUUACUAACCUUCGAAAAUCAGAUGAUGUUCUCAAUCACAUGAAAACCACGAUGUAUUAGCAGUUGCAAAGAGAGAAGACCACAUUCCUAGGCUAGGUUUAAAAGCUUGCUCAUGAUACUAGCAUUAAUAUCUUGAAAAAGCAAAAGGACGUUCAAGAAUUAAUCAAACAAUGA